AUGCGCCUCCUCCUCCUCGUCCCCUUCCUCCUCUCCCUCGCCGCCGCCCAGUUCGGCUUCUUCGAGCAAAUGUUCAGCGGCGGCAACGCGGGCCACGAGCAUCACCAACAGCAGCAGCGCGUCAACCCGAGCGACGCCUCCAUCUACCACCAGAGCUACCUCCAAUCCGUCUGCGACCGCUACCUCUGCCCCGACACCCUCGCCUGCGUCCACUUCCCGCACCACUGCCCCUGCGCCUGGGACGCCAAUGAGGACAAGUUCGAGCUGGGCGAUGGACGCCGCGUCUGCGCGUCAAAGGGCGGCUUCAAGGCCGGCGAGGCGGCGCGCAAGCUCGAGCUCGCCCGCAAGGGUCUGCUGUGA